AUGGUUGAGAAGUUAACCCCUCGCCUCCAGAAGCAGUCCACCUUCAUGAGGGAACCGAUUCAAGUUGGACUCAAGCUGGCUGCCACCCUUCGCUUCCUAGCCACUGGAAAUUCCUAUCCAAGUCUGCAGUACAGCUUCAGGGUUGAAGCAAGUACCAUCUGCAAGUUCAUAUCCGAGGUGUGUAAAGCCAUCAUCGCGGUCUACAAGGACGAAGUGCUGCGCUGCCCCAAAACUGAAGAGGAGUGGAAGGAAGUUGCUGCCAGGUUCAGCUCCAGAUGGAACUACCACAACUGUCUGGGGGCUGUGGACGGCAAGCACAUCGCCAUGAAGAAACCAUGCAAUGCUGGCUCUUACUACUACAACUACAAGGGCUUCCACAGCAUUGUACUGAUGGCAGUGGCAGAUACUAUCUACAAGUUCCUCUAUGUGGAUGUUGGGGCAGAGGGUGGUGCGUCGGAUGGAGGAACAUGGAGUAACUGUUCCCUGCAUGAUGCUGUACAAGAGAACAGAGCUGGAGUGCCUCAACCAGAACCACUUCCUAAUGAGGACCAGCCAGUGCCCUAUCACUUCGUAGGCAGUAGAUGA